AUGUUUUUACCAGAAAAAUUCAGUAUGAUACUUAGAAUGAUCUUGAUAUAAUAUUUUGUAUAUAAAUGUUCUGCAUACAUCUGUUAGUCCACAUAUGUAUGAUGGGUGUUUAUAAUCUCAUUGAUAGGAAUACCGUCGCUACAACUAAAAAUAUAAUAAUAAAAGUCUAUGGCUCUAAGAAUCUCCCGCAUGUAUCAAAAACGCGUUUUUGCGUCCAUAAAGUCUGAGUUUAAUAUCAUCAUUAUUGUUCAUCUCUCUGCAAUGUUUCAGCUGUUGCUACUUCUCAUAUUGAACUUUUAUACUGAAUGUAAGCGACAAUGUUCGAAGACGAUUCGGCAUAAGCUAUAGUUUCUACCAUUUCCAAUUCAUAAAACGUCAGGAUCACACAGUUUCGAGCCUAUGACAGAAAGUCAUCCUUGGAACAGUUUUACAUUCAGCUUGUGGCCGUCAUUUUACGGCUGGGGAACAGCGACACACUGGCAAAGCACAAAUACAAACAAACAAACAAGCAGACGACGCAUGCUUCGGUUCAGCGAGUGGUGCCGCUAGACGUACACAGCUGGAAAUUAUUUCCUGUUUUUGUAUUACAAUCGUAUAGAAUAGAUAUAUAGAAGUAUCAUACAUUAUUAUUUUUAGUAUUAUAUAUUCAGCAUUGUGCUAGUCACACCUCUAGUAUUUCGUCGUAAUUUUUCACUCAUUGAGCUAAAGAUCAACCAAUAAGACAAACGGGUCACUUUUCCCUGUGUUGUUAGCACCUAUGUGUCGUCUACGUGUUUGUUUGGUAUGGGUGUCCGUGUUUCUUGGCCACUGCGUCUGCGCUAUCCUUUGCUGCUACCGCUGGUUAUUAGUUGUGGUUUUGGCAGCAGUGGAAGUGUUGUGUGGUCUGUUUCUGCUUGAAGCCGUGGGUCUUCUACCCCCUUCGCCGCAACCCCUCUAUUUCGUUGAGUAUAUCGUAAUACUGAGCAAAGUGCAGGUUUAGGCACCUGAAAUAUUUUUAUAUAGAGACAGCGCUCAGCAGUGGAAUACUCGACUCGACCUCGAAACAGCUUUUGCGGGAGCAGUCACCUAGCACAAGCGCCCCGCUGCGUCCAUCGUUGGUGUUUCGUUACAGUGACGUGUCUCUCAGCUGAUUGUUGGGUCUGUUCGCGUACUGCCACCGCUCUUAUACGAUGACAUGACAAAAUCAAAAAAGUCUAAACGAACAACGAGAGUGGUAAUGAGCUUCUACGGUAAUCCGAUAUUCAAUUUUUUUACCAUUUCAUAAACGAGUUGAUUCACUAAUUUCCGGAAGCACAGAAACUACACGAAAAAUAAAAGGAAACAUCCACCUCAACCUGAACAAAAGUUCUUCGCCGUAACAGUGACACUCGAUAUUUACCACUGCCUUUAUCCGAAAUUGCAAUUGUGAAGUGGACACGGCGCGUUCCCAUAGCCGGCGAACUGUGUAAAGAUACAGAGAUAAAUAGGUCUGUUCGGCGGUUCUACAAUGUUGUUAGGUACGUAUGUACGCGUAAUCAAAUCUAUUGACAAAUAGCUACCCGAGUUCAGGCACGAGCAUCAACUGAAAUGUCGGCAAACAUGUUUCGUCGUUGCUUGCUUCUACUUUGCCAAUGCGUUCGUCCGUGAUCCGUCAGCAGAACUAUCUUUCGACACCGCCACCCAUAAUACAGCAUAGAAGACAUGCAACGAUACGGCAAAGCAGCCAAGAAAGCAAAGCGAUAUUGACCCACAGGCCAACAAGCUCGACCGUUUCCGGCGCCGCAGCCGGGCAUUAUUACUGCCUAUUGCCGACUGCUAACAGCGUUCCUUAAGCUACUGCUACUGCUAUACCACUAACUAAUCCUGUUUCGUUUGAUCGUUCGUUUUUUUUUAAUAUCGACGAUCCUACACGAAGCUCAGCGACGACGGCGACAAAGCAGUCGCGGCAAGUAAAACGUAGCAUAGCUGUUUCAAGGAGAAGUGGUACUUAUAAGUGUGUAUAUGUAUGCAUGGUUGGCAACCUGCGACAUUCAAACACAAGCCGCACGUAAAGCCGUAACGAAAAUUGAAUUCGCUUAGUCGCCUAGAUCGGAGUUGUUAAAGAUCAAAAUAAAAAAAGCCCGCCACCAACACCGCCAUGGCGCAGGUGCUUGUUGAACAAUUUUUUCAGAUGCCGGUCGUCACUAGAACAUACGCAUCGGCAUGUUUUCUUACCACGUUGGCCGUUCAACUGGAUCUAGCAUCACCAUUUCAGCUUUACUUCAACCCCAACCUGAUACUUCGCGGCCAGGUGUGGCGUCUGCUCACGACUUUCAUGUACUUUGGCUCGUUCGGUUUUAGUUUCUUUUUUAACAUGCUCUUUACGGUACGAUACUGUCGAAUGCUUGAGGAGGGCUCGUUUCGGGGGCGGACAGCUGAUUUUGUAUGGAUGUUCCUGUUAGGUGGUGCGUGUACAGCUUUUGUUGGUCUGUUUGUGCAUAUGCUAUUUCUCGGCCAAGCAUUUACCACUAUGCUAGUCUACGUAUGGGCACGGCGGAAUCCACACUUUCGACUGAACUUUUUUGGAUUGGUCAACUUCCAGGCGCCCUACUUACCAUGGGUCUUGUUCGGUUUUUCGGUAUUGCUAAACAAUAUCUGGACCGUCGACCUGAUUGGCAUAGGCGUAGGUCAUGUAUAUUAUUUCCUCGAGGAUGUAUUUCCCCGUCAGCCAAACGGAUUCAAGGUCAUCCAGACUCCACAGUUCCUAAAGCAGCUGCUGGAUGUUGAUGACGAAGACGAAGUUCCAGUUGACGAUGCGACCCGAGAACAGCAGCCAGGGGGACCUCAAUGGGGCGGCAUGUAAAAAAAUAUAACGCGAAACACUGAAGCGCCAUCCAAUGGCUGACGACAUAGCCAAAUUAAGAGUAUAAGUGAACAAUGCUGUGGAGAAGCAACUAUUCUGAACAGCGUCGUUUUACGUCUCGCCUCAUCGCCAUUAACUUGAUUACAUUAUAAAGAGGGACCAUCAUCUGGGCAGACACAUUUGGACUUUACUUGCACUGUGAUCCUGAGCGUCAGCCAAUAUUCCAUCUUGUACAUUGCCGAUAAAGAGACAAAACAAGAAACGUUGCUUGUACACACAAAGCCUAGAGCAUGUUCGUGAACUACUUGAUG